GAGACUCGUACAUUCUGCUGUUAUCUCUGACGUCAUCAUCAUGAGAUUAUCUCUGCAUCUUCUGCUGUUCUUUUCAGUCCUGGCACUUGUCAGAACACAAACAACUGCAAAGCCACUGGCAGACCCACCUUUUGACCCCUGCUAUAACUACACUGUGCUGGAUGAUUCAUGGAGAUCCACCAAGAAUAUACACACCAGCUUUGAUUCCUAUAAAACAAUGUGUGACUCUUAUGUCCACUGGCUCGGCUGGUAUCGUCUCUUCAUUAAUGGUCAGAGUGUUCAGAUGCCAGACACAUGUGUUGAUAUGUGGAGUUGUGGCACUAUUGUCCCACUGUGGCUGAAUGGAACACAUCCAACAGUUGAGGAUGGAAUGGUCACUCGAGGUGUCUGCGGUACUGCUGACAAUAACUGCUGCAUAAUCCAAUCUAACCCCAUUAGAGUCAAAGCCUGUCCAGGAGGCUAUUAUGUUUAUGAGUUAGAUCAGUGGGCUUAUGGCUGUUAUGUGGCAUACUGUGCAGAUUUACACAGAGAGUGUACAUGCAUUCAUUACAUUUAA